AUGAUUUUCGAGCAGCGCUUUGAAUCGAAACCACCUGUUUCUUCGAUUUUCAACUUUUUACGAACAUCUUUCGUCAGACUUGUGGAUUCAAGAUCAAAUUGUAAACAAAUCAAGCGACUCGAAAUGAAUAUCGAAGCAGUUAGUUCGGUAGAACCUUACAAUCCAAGUGGCGAAGAUUUGAUCGAUUACAAGGAGGCAGAGAUGACCGACCAAUUGGCCAAAGAUCAUAGACCUGAAGACAUACCAAUUCCAGCUACAGCCCCAGAAUCAGCAGCGAAAAGCAGCAAAUUCGUUAAACCCCCGCCACUUAAACUUGCUACAGCAGAUCCGUUGAAGCACUUACAUUUUAAGCAUAAAGAGCCAGUAGGAGUCUCGGAGCUAGCUUUUCAAUCCUCGUUCGGUAGAACUAGUACUAUCCUGCAACACCAAUCUCAACCCAAAGCAACUCCUCGAGAGCAUCCAGCCUUGCAGAUGCAGCAGAUGCACUCGGCAAUGUUGAUCGACUCAGCCAGCAUCCCAGCGAUACCAGUAGGAGACAGAGCGUCUCGACCACCGCCUCCAGACGGACCACGGACGGGCCUUGACGCUCGAAGAAACAGACUUACUUCUGAUGCAUCAAGCCAACUACGAGGUUUGGGAGAAAGCGAAGAAUCAGAAAGACGCGAAGACAUUCAAGAACGCGACCCAGAAAGGGAAAGCUUACCAUCGACAGCUCUCCAAACUUAUGGGCUUCAAGUACCUUAUGGACCGAACCAACAACUGGAAUCCAGCUCUGUGGGAUUGGAACACGUUCGAGAAACGAAAGAAAGGCAACAAAACCUCCAACUCAGCACCUUACCCGAGAAGAAACCAGUCUCAGAACCUACAAGGUCUAUCCAAAGGGGAGUUAGCAAUUCACAUGAUCAGAGAAGCGGGGAAAGCAGUGAGGAAUUAGACCAGACUAUACUACCUCUGGAUAGAGAGCUCAUGAACCCUGUAUUUCAUCAUCUUAAAUUGUAUUUAGAUCCUUUGUUCUUACAAUUUGAUAAAUUAUAUGAUGAAAUACAGAAUACCAAGUCAUUCGUUUUAGAUCGUGACGCGAACAAAAGACUUGAUAUGGUUGACAAAACUCUGAAAUCGUUAGUCAAGAAUAUUAACGACCAAGUAAGCGCUCUGAACAAAGUAAGCUUCGCAGUCAAGAAAACCAAUGAUGACAUGACAGAGUGUCAAAAAGAUCUUGGUAGAUGGGCAAGUAACGCUCUUGAAACAAUAAAGAUUGGUAUGAACGGUAUGAGAGACCAGCUGCUUAUUCAUGAAAACGAAAACCUGAAAAAUCAGACCAACGCUAUCAUUGCAGCAAUUGAAAAAAUAAAUCGUGCCGAUACCAUCCAUGAUAUAAAACAAUCAGAGAAUGAACAUGAUACAUAUGCGAAAAAGACCUCUGACCAACUUUCUAGCAUGCAAGGUAUAGUAAGACAACUUCAAACAGCAGUUGCACAUCAGAAUGGAGAGUUAGCACUCAUGCGCUCCCAUAAUGAGGAAGUAAUAAAACUACUAUCUGAUCUUACCCUACACCAACUAAAAAACCAAGGAACGGGGCUACAAUUAGAGGAAGAAGUAGCUGAGACACGUCUUCAUGACGUUCCACCUCAUAUGCAAGAUGUCCAACAUAUUACCUUACCAGACGUUAGAAGAGCAAAUACUACACCUACACCUCACGACACGUUUCUGACACCUGAUGAAACUGUGAGAAACGCACCAGCUGAGCAGAAUAGGCAAAAUAUUCGAGAUCUAGCCCAAAGGAACCCAGCAAGAGAAGAGUCUACAGGCCCAGAUCUUACCUUAGGGUUAGAAGCCGCUCACGCGAAUAUACCGAUACAAGACACAAGUGAUAAGAUCCUAGAGCAGUGCCCAGGAGAUUUAGAUCACGCAGUCCGAAGUAGACUAGGAGGUGAGAAUGAUUUUGUUCAUUUCUCAACCACUUUCGAAGAGGUAGUUAGGAGAACUUCAAUAGGGCGUAACAGGCCACCAAACAGACCCAAUCAAGACUGGAAGACACAAGCGACAAGUGGUAGUAACUUACCCGCCAAGACAGCUGCAUCCAAACCUCCAAUUGCUCGAGUACCUGGGAAGUGCGAUACCUGUGGCAGCACAGAGUCAGGACAUGAUUAUAGAUCCUGCCGAAGAAAAAGUAAAGGUAUUAACGCGGUAGAAAUAGAUUCCCCAGAAGAAGAAUCCCUAACAGGGGAAGAAAUUGAGCUUAUCUUUGGCGAUGACCAUGACUCCUUCUAUGAUGACGGAGAGUACAGAGCUGUGCAAGACGGAUCAUUUGAAGUGCCUGCAGUUCCCUUAUUACUCCCCGUAUCUUGGAUAAAGUAUGGCGCACAUGGCAGAAAGAUAUGCGUGCCCAACAAAACAGGAGGUACUUGA